UCAUAAAUUAAAAAGGUUCGCGCAGGCGUUAACAUAGGCUUUCCUAGCUCCAAAAAAUCUAACCAGAUCUAACUUCUCAAUUGUUCUCAAUAAACUGAAUUUUGUAUUACAAUUAACGUCAAGAACUUCAAUACAUUUUACAAUAAAGUUUAAAUUAAAAAAUGCCACGAGGAAAAUUUGUUAAUCACAAGGGUCGAAAUCGUCAUUUCACCAAUCCUGAAGAGUUGGAAGAGCAACGGCGUCAGGAUGAAGAACGAAAAAAGUGGAGACAAAAUAAAAAACAAAGUGAUACAUCGAGUGAUGAAGAUGAGGAACCUAAAGCUAGCAGUGCCAAGUCUGUAGAUCCUGAUGCUUCAGGGUCCGAUGACAGUGAUAGUGAAUCCGAAGUAGAUUCAGAAACUGAAGGUAAAGCUAAAGGCGUGGAAAAUUUAAUUGAAGUAGAAAAUCCAAAUAGGGUACAGAAGAAAACCAAAAAAUUAUCAAAAUUGAAUGAGUCAUUAGCUGAAACUACAAAGCCUGAACUCUCUCGAAGAGAAAGGGAACAAAUAGAAAAACAACGAGCAUAUGCAAAUUAUCAAAAACUCCAUGCUGCAGGUAAAACUGACGAAGCACGUGCUGAUUUAGCGCGUUUAGCCAUAAUUAAACAACAAAGAGAAGAUGCAGCGAAACGAAGAGAAGAUGAAAAAAAGCAAAAAGAAAUGGCAGCUCAAAAGAAAACUGAAUUGACGCAAAAAGCGCUUGGAAAACGAACUUAAAUAUAUAAAAUAUCUUUACUGUAACACACAUUCAAACUUUAAUGUAAUUUUUUUUUUGUUCAUAAUUCCAUAUUAAUAUUAUGAAUGAUUAUAUGAUUCAAUCUCUACUUUCUUAUCAAUAAAAAUUUAUUAAAAAUUA